CGUGGUACCAGGGCGCGGGUGGGUGGUGCCGGGCCCCGGAGGCGGGCGGGGGACGAGGGGCUGGCGCGGUCGCGUGCCCUGCCGCCGCCAUGGGGGUGCAGCCCCCCAACUUUUCGUGGGUGCUCCCGGGCCGGCUGGCGGGUCUGGCGCUGCCGCGGCUGCCCGCGCACUACCAGUUCCUGCUGGACCAGGGCGUGCGGCACUUGGUGUCCCUGACGGAGCGCGGGCCCCCGCACAGCGACACCUGCCCCGGCCUCACGCUGCACCGGCUGCGCAUCCCGGACUUCUGUCCACCGGCCCCCGAGCAGAUCGACCGAUUCGUGCGGAUAGUGGACGAGGCCAACGCGCGCGGGGAGGCUGUGGGAGUGCACUGUGCCCUGGGCUUUGGCCGCACUGGCACCAUGCUGGCCUGUUACUUGGUGAAAGAGAGGGGCCUGGCCGCGGGAGAUGCCAUUGCUGAAAUCCGGCGCCUUCGACCCGGCUCCAUCGAGACCUACGAACAGGAGAAAGCCGUCUUCCAGUUCUACCAGCGGACUAAAUAAGGGCCCCCGGCACCCGUCUGCCUGGCCCAUGCCCUGACCUGCACUGGAAGCACCAGGCCCUCCCGCUGGCUCGAGAGACUGAGUGGCCAUUCCCUGCAGGCAGGCCUUGACCAAAGAGAGGGCUGGGGCUGCACUGCAGGGGGGGCAGGGGGGCCUCCGCUGCUUCCCCGAAUAAAUAACUUCAAAGAGCCA